UACGGACAGUCUUGUGAUUGGUGGUCUGUGGGAGUCAUCUUGUAUGAGAUGCUCGUCGGUCAGCCCCCGUUUCUCGCCCAGACAGCGACGGAUACCCAAAUCCGUGUGGUGCAGUGGUACAGGUAUCUAAAAGUCCCUGGGGAACCCCGGCUCAAACCAGCAGCCCGGUCACUAAUCUGCCAAUUUCUCCGUGAUCCCAGUGACCGCUUGGCUGACCCGAAUCAGAUCAAAGCACACCCGUUUUUCAGUUCCGUCAAUUGGGAUAAGCUGCCAACACAAAAAGCUCCGUACAUUCCAACGAUCAAGGACGAGCUAGACACAUCCAACUUCGAUCCGAUCGAGGACGAGCGAGCUAUGCGCAGUCAAGAUGAUUUCGGAACACAAGCGUUAAUCAGCACUCCUCUACCUUUCCCAAACUUCACUUUCAAACGGUUCUUUGAUCGAGAUCCAACAGCGAUUCAAAGCCCCUGA